GUGAUCGCGUACUGCUAAGAGUCACACGCUCUACCGAUUGAGCUAGCCAGGCGCUUGUUGGGGCAAAGAUGAUAUGGAUAGUUUUGUCAAACAAAUGGAGUUUUCCUUAUCAAAUCAUGAUUGCUUGCAAGCCCAGUACAAUCUUCACUCUUUCCAUUCCUUUCAUAACAUUCGUUUUUCAUCCUCCUACGCAACCUUUUUGAGAAUCCCCUCCGGGGAUGAGAACGAUACUGGUUCACAACUGAAAGUGCAACAAUAUAGCUCACGUGACGUUGAUGCCUCAUCGACCACCUGGCAUCAUUUGUGGUGAUUCCGAGAGUGACCCCAGUGUUGAGAUCAGGUCGUACACACGACGGUUCGGUGUUUUCAGAAACAGGUAGCCCCAUAUCUCUGUAAGGCACACCUUCCGGGCUACCCACCACUGAGACACGGCCGUGUCUUUUAGCCUUCCCGCAUACGUUAGACAAUUACACAAUGGAAGGGUUGGAGCUAUCCUCCUUCAAACCCCAUACAGACGAUUCUUUUGACCCCUCGCUUCCACGAAUCCCGGCGAAAAUCCCCAGAAGCUCUCUCCUCGUGGCGAUGGUCGAGCUCUGCGAACGGUUUGCCUUCUACGGGCUCUCAGGCCCGUUUCAGAACUACGUGCAGCACUCUCCAACGGAUAAGAUCCCCGGAAAGCUCGGGCUCGGGUCGCGCGGUGCCAAUAUUCUCUCCUACUUCUUCCAAUUCUGGUGCUACGCCACGCCUCUUCUCGGCGCGUACAUCGCAGACAGCUACUGGGGAAAGUACAAAACCAUUGUGGUGUUUUCCGCAGUGUACAUGGCGGGGAUCGCCAUCCUCUUCCUCUCCUCGUUGCCCGCGUUUUCCGCCGACGCCUCCACUUCCCUCGCCUGGUUCGUGCUCUCAAUUGUGGUUAUCGGACUUGGGACGGGCGGUGUCAAAGCAAACGUUUCGCCGUUGGUUGCCGAUCAGGUGCCCCAGCGGUCUGCAUAUGCAACUGUAGUCAACGGCGCGCGCCGCAUAGUGGACCCUGCGCUUACGAUGCAGCAGGUGUUUAUGAUCUUCUACUUCUGCAUUAAUGUGGGGAGUCUCAGUGCAAUCUUUACCACACUUUUGGAAAUGAAGGUGGGCUUCUGGGCAGCGUUUCUACUUCCGCUUGUGUUCUUUCUGUUUGCGUUGAUCGCCCUUUUUGCAGGAUCGAACUCCUACGUCAAGAAACCCCCUUCGCGGUCGGUCAUUUCGCACUCUUUCCACAUUGUGUGGAUCCUACUCCGCACGGGCGGCGAUGUGAGCCGUGUGGUUCCCUCAAGCAACCCACAUGCCCACCUUCCGUGGACAGACGCAUUCGUUGGGGAGGUUACGCAAGCUCUUAGCACGUGCAAGGUAUUCCUUUUCUUCCCCGUGUACUGGCUUGUAUACGGCCAGAUGCUCAACAACUUCGUGGCCCAGGCCGCCACGAUGAAUACACACGGCAUUCCCAACGAUAUCAUGCAGAAUAUUGAUCCCAUUACGCUACUCAUCGCCAUCCCCCUCGUUGAGCGGCUUCUCUCGUAUGUCCGCAUCCACCAUGGUGUGGUCUUGUCUGAUCUCAGCCGGAUCCGCAUCGGUUUCUUCCUCGCGGCCCUGGCCAUGUUCUAUGCGUCACUCCUCCAACACUUCAUAUACGGCUCGAAAGAGGAGAUCCAUAUCGCAUGGCAGGCCCCAUCGUACGUGUUCAUCGCGCUCUCCGAAAUCUUUGCGUCAAUCACCGGGCUCGAGUAUGCAUACAAGAACGCCCCGGAGCUGAUGAAGUCGUUUAUUAUGAGCUUGUAUCUUGUGACAACCGCGGGUGGGAGCAUGAUGGGGGUGGUACUUGGGCUCUCCGGUUUGGUACGAGACCCUUGGAUGGUGUGGAACUAUGCGGGGUUGGGAUUGAUGGCGGCAGGUGCUGGGUGGUGGUUUGGCCGGUGUUUCAUCCACAAAGGGUAUGCUAGGAUCUAG